AGCAACACACGAAUCAUCAUAUCAUAUGAUCAUUACAAUAUCUCUCUAAGUUUUUUAUUACAUCAAUCAAAGAUUUCAGUUUUCUUAUUUAUCUCCUUUCUGUGUGGGUUUCACAAAUAUAAUCAAUAAUGGGAGGGUACAGAGCCGACGACGACUACGAUUAUCUCUUUAAACUAGUCUUGAUAGGAGAUUCCGGCGUCGGAAAAACCAACCUGUUGUCUCGGUUCACUAGAAAUGAAUUCAGUAUCGAGUCAAAGUCAACCAUCGGUGUAGAAUUCGCCACGAAAAGUGUUCAUGUCGACGAGAAAAUCAUCAAAGCUCAGCUUUGGGAUACCGCCGGCCAAGAGAGAUACAGAGCAAUCACGAGUGCAUACUAUAGAGGAGCAGUAGGAGCUCUUCUAGUAUACGACAUAACUAGACACAUAACGUUUGAGAACGUUGAACGAUGGCUCAAGGAGCUUCGUGACCAUACCGAUGCCAACAUUGUGAUCAUGAUUGUUGGAAACAAAGCUGAUCUUCGUCACCUUCGUGCUGUUCCCAUGGAAGAAGCUAGAUCGUUUUCUGAAAGAGAGAACAUGUUCUUCAUGGAAACUUCUGCUCUUGAUGCUACAAAUGUUGAGCAAGCUUUCACUCAUGCUUUGACUCAGAUUUAUCGUGUUAUGAGCCGUAAAGCUCUUGAUGGCACUGGAGAUCCAACGUAUUUGCCUAAAGGACAGACUAUUGAUAUCGGAAAUAAGGAUGAUGUUACUGCUGUUAAAUCCUCUGGUUGUUGCUCAGGUUGAGAUUCUUGUUUUGUUUCAUUAACUUUUGGUCAGUUUAAGAUUAUGGUUUAAGGUUGGUUUUGGUACACAAACCGAAUUUGUAUGGAAUUAAACAUCGGUCCGGUUAAUAAGGCCGUUUAGUCUGAAACUAAACUGAAUCGAACCGAAACAUCCCGGUUAGUUUUCAGUUAUAGUUUUCUAGCACCGAACCUGAACGAAAAAAAACCCUUUAAAUAUGCAUCAAAUUUGUUACUUAAAUUUGUACUUAUGAUUCUUU